AUGACUGAGAUUGGACAAGGAAUUGCAAAAAGAUGCCGCGGAAUCCCUUUCCUCAUAACAGCAAUAGGAAGCUUAUUGCGUAUUAAGAAAACAAAACAAGAGUGGAAAUCGUUUUUCCAUGAGUUUUCAAUGAUAAUAGAGACUGAAAAUAAUGCUUUGGCAAUUCUUCAGUUGAGCUAUGAUCAUUUACCAUUUGCUUUGAAAGAUUGUUUUGCUUAUUGUGCAAUUUUCCCAAAAGAUUAUGAGAUUGAUGUAGACACACUCAUAACUUUGUGGAUGUCACAGGGGUUUAUUGUUAUUACAGAGUCAGAUCAAGAUCAGGACAAUAAUGAACAACAAGAUCUUGAGAGAUUGGGUUAUAAGUAUUUUGUUGAUUUACAUGGAAGAUGUUUCUUUCAUGAAAUUGAGCAAGAUGAGUUGGGUUACAUAAAAAAAUGCAGAAUGCCUAACUUAAUGCAUGAUCUUGCUAAGCAAAUAGCUGGGAAAGCUUAUGCUACUUUAAUCUUAAAGGAAGAUAGCAUUGAUGAUGCAACACUUGUUCGACAUGUAUCAUUUGAUUUUCAUUUAGAUUCAUCAUGGCAGAUUUCAAUCCCAUCUUCGGACUUGAAAAGGAUUCGAAGUCUGUUUUUGCCUUGGCAAUAUCAGCGGGCAAUUGAAGGCGGAUCAAGUCAGUCUAUUUGUGAUGUAAUUCCAAAAUUCGAGUGGCUUCGAAUGUUGGAUUUGCAUAACACAGGCAUCAAGAAAUUACCUGAUUCUAUUAGUGAGUUGAAGCUUUUGUGUUAUUUGGAUCUGUCUCAAAAUGGUGAUAUCAAGGCAUUGCCAAAGUCUAUUUGUGGGCUAUAUUUUCUGCAGACUUUGAAACUCAACCAUUGCAGUAAUCUUCAAACACUUCCCAGAGGCAUUACGAGGUUAUUUAAUCUGAGACAUCUCGAAAACAAGUCAUGUCAUUGUUUAACUCAGAUGCCAAGAGGACUAAGUCAACUAUCAAAUCUUCGAACAUUGUCAGAAUUCGGGCUGAGUAAGGACAACCCCUCAAAGCCAAAAGGAAAGCUCGACGAACUAAGUUGUCUAAACUACUUGAGAGGAGAGAUCAAAAUAAAAAAUUUGAGAAAUCCCAAAGAUGAUAAGACAGCAGCAGCAAACAUGAAAGGGAAAAAAGAUGUUUUAUCUUUGAUUUUGAUUUGGGAUAUUAACUCUUCUGUUAAUGAAGCUGAUUGUGAAGAAGCACUAGAAGAUCUUGAGCCACAUCCAAACUUGAGAGAGCUGUCAAUAUCUACUUAUGGUGGUAGCAAGUUUUCGAGUUGGCUUCCAUUGCUUAAAAAUCUAGUGAAAUUAUCAAUAUCGAGAUGCAACAGAUGCCAUUGCCUACCGCGGCUGGAUCAGUUGACUAAUCUUCAAGUAUUGGUAGUAGAUGAGUUGAUGAAUCUGGAAUACAUUAUGGAUGAAACAUCAACAAAAACAACAUUGUUUUCAACCUUGAAAGAGCUGAGGCUUACUAAUUUGCCAAAACUAAAGGGAUGGUGUAAAGAUAAUUCAUGUGAAAAUGCUACAUUUAGUUGUCUUUCUAGAUUGGUGGUUGAGGAUUGUCCUUGUCUCAUUUCCAUGCCUCUGUUUCCAUGUUUAGAAGAAUUACUAGUGCUCAAAAACACAAGUUGGAAGCCAUUCAAACGAACUGUGACAACAGCAACAGAAGAGAAAAGAGCUCUAACAUCUCAAUUGGAAGUGUCAUCAUCAUCACCAUCUAGUACUCUCACCAAGAGCAAGUCGCGGAGAAGCCCUCGCCGAACAAAGUCAUUAAAUAUGAAACCAAAAUCACCUUCUUUUAAAAAAGUUUCUCGACCAAAACCAGUUUCUUCCACAGUUGCUCUUGACUCCACAUUGAAGACACCAGUUCCAGCUCCACAGAAUAUUUCAUCAACAGCAAUAGUCACUCCUCUCUCGAAAUUGAGGACACUACAUAUCAUUGACAUGCCCAAUUCUGAUCCAAAUAUGUGGAAGUCCCUUCACAGCCUCCGCUCUGUGACAUUGGAUAAUGUUGCUGACAUAAAUGAUUAUCUUAAAGGAGGGCUUAGACAAGUAACCAGCCUGCAACAACUCCAUAUUUUGCGCUGUUAUAAUUUAGUGGAAAUCGAAAGUUGGAUCGAUGACUUCAAAACUCUCAGCAAAAUUUCAAUCAAAUUAUGUCCCCAGUUAAGAAUACCACAUGAUAGAAUUGAUCUCAUCACUUCCUCAAAUGUGAAGGUUGAGCACUGCCCUCGAGUUACUCACAUUGAAAGAGUACUUCAAGAUCAGUUACACAUGGUAGUUUGA